AUGAAAUCUCAUUCUUCUACUCUUGUUUUGGCUUUCAAUGCCAUUUCCAUGAUCAUCUUCUUCCUCUUGCUCUCAUACUCUGUACAAGUUGAGGCUUCAAGACCUCUUGGAGGCUCCACUUUUGAGUCCAUCAAGAGUUCAAUUAUAGCACAAGCUUACUCUGGGCCAAGCCGCAGGGGAAGUGGCCACUGA